AAUUUUGUUGUUGUGUUGGUGGAGUAGGCAGAUUAAAAGACUGAGCCGGUGUAAAAUUUUAAUGUUCGCGUAGUUGACUGAAGUGAAAGAAAAUAAAGUUACAGAAGAAUACAAAAUGAUUAGGACGAUCCUUUUAGCAAUUUUAAUGCCCUAUUGCCUGGCAUUGUACCCUUCCAGUGGCAACGUUGUUGAAUUGACACCCAACAACUUCGAUAAUCUGGUGACAAGGAGUGACGAGAUCUGGAUUGUGGAGUUCUUCGCCCCUUGGUGUGGACAUUGCCAGCAACUUGUUCCGGAAUACACUAAAGCAGCCAACGCUUUGAAGGGUAUUGUGAAAGUAGGAGCAGCUAAUGUGGAUGAACAUAAAGAAUUAGGGGGCAGGUAUGGGGUGAGAGGUUUCCCAACGAUUAAAAUAUUUGGAGCUGACAAAAACAAACCUGAAGAUUACAAUGGAGGCAGGACUGCUAAAGAUAUAGCUGAAGCUGCACUUAAGGCUGCCAGAAGCAAGGUUAAGACCGUUUUGGAUGGAGGAUCUUCUUCCAGAUCAAGUGACUCAGGCGAUGAUAAAGAUGUGAUCGAAUUGACAGACAGUAACUUUGACAAACUCGUGGUGCAGUCCGAUGACAUGUGGUUGGUGGAAUUCUUUGCACCCUGGUGUGGUCACUGCAAAAAUCUUGCUCCCCACUGGGCUAAAGCUGCAACAGAAUUGAAAGGCAAAGUGAAGUUAGGUGCUUUAGAUGCGACAGUUCACCAGUCAAAGGCUGCAAAAUACGGAGUUCAGGGUUACCCAACGAUUAAAUUUUUCGCACCUGGAGCUAAAGAUUAUCCAGUGGACUUUGAUGGCGGGCGUACAGCAAGCGACAUUGUCAGCUGGGCGCUAGAUAAAUUAGCAGAGAACAUUCCGGCGCCAGAACUGAAUCAAAUCGUAGACGAUGGAUCGUUCAAGGAAGCUUGCGAGGACAAACCACUUUGCGUUGUUGCAGUCUUACCCCAUAUCUUGGAUUGUCAAUCGGAGUGUCGAAACAAUUACAUCAAAACACUUGCCGAGUUGGGCGAGAAAUUUAAGAAGAAGAUGUGGGGAUGGGUCUGGUCCGAGGCUGGAUCGCAACCAGAUUUGGAAAGUGCUUUGGAUAUCGGUGGUUUUGGUUACCCUGCAAUGGCAGUUAUCAAUGCGAAAAAGAUGAAGUAUUCCAUCCUUCGCGGAUCGUUUUCCAAAGAUGGAAUUUACGAAUUUCUGAGAGACUUGUCCUAUGGUAAGGGUAACACGGCUCCUGUGAAAGGUCAAGAGCUUCCUAAAAUCAACACGAUCCAGCCUUGGGACGGUAAAGAUGGUGUUCUUCCAGAAGAAGAAGACAUUGAUCUCUCAGACGUAGACUUAGAUGAAAAAGAUGAGCUGUAGACUUCCUACCUGUAGAACUAAUUAUUGACUGUUUUUUACUAAUAGAUAAAUAACAAACCCAGUUAAUAUAUUCAAACUAUUUCGUAAGAAGCUGUUCAUAAAAAAAGAAGCUUCACACCAUCACACCAAGUAUUUGUUUUAUGUUUUUGUACUUUAAAAUAUGUCCAUUCUCUUCCUUAAAUUUAAUGUGAUUUAAUUUCGUUAAUAAGUUGUAUAUUUUUAAUUUAAUAAAGAUAUUUUUUUGUA